AUGAACCGAAUCGUUGCCAUUCCAGCGAGAUUUUCGCGUCAUUUCGCCACAGCCGCACCAAAAACUUCUACAGGAAUUGAGCACGCCGAAAAAGCCAAACAACGUCAAGGUGAGUAUUUUCGGCUUGAAAAUCUCAAUUUUCCACUCUGAUUUAUCCUCAAAUACCCCAUUUUCUACGAGAAACCCCAAAUCCCCCUUCAAAUUUGCAGGCGGAAAACCCGAUUGGUCGCUCUACAAAUGCGACGACUAUCUGAAAUUCGAUAAAUAUUCAUUCGCUCAAGCCGAGGUUUGUCCUUUUUUUGCUCAAUUUUGCACACAAAAUUGCCCUUUUUUGUGUGCCAAAUAAAAGAGGUUUAAUUAGAAUAUCGAUUUUUCGCGGAGCAGAUGGCCGAGAAAACAAAUAUUUUCUUCUAUUUAUUUUUUUUCUAGGUGACAAUGAAAAACGAUCGUGUUCCUCAACCAUCGAAUAAGAAGGCAGAUACUCUUCCACAAGUCAAAAAAUAA